UUAUUAUUAUUAUUGCGUUGGGUACCGUGUGGCUUGUGCAAUUGCUAUAACUUGUAAGCGAGCGACACCACUCGCCACUGUUAAAACGCGAAACCGUUUUCUUUGCUUAACAUAUAAUUUUGCACUGCUUCCGACGAAAAUCCACUCGUUCGUUACGCAGGCCACGUGUGUUCUGCUUUUUUUGUAGUCUCAUAGACGCGUCCCGUGACCAUCAGAUUGCCGGCGCCCGCGUGUGUUUGUGUGUGUGACACCGCGUUUGUUUGAUAUUUUCGUUACCGUCCCGAACCGAGCCGCGUGACCAUGGCCGGCAGGAGUGCAUUCAGUGACUUCGACAACAGCAGUUUCAACAAACCAUUGCCCAAUAGUCCGCCAUUUGUGGCUUAUCUGGGAAAUCUACCACAAGGGAUAACACAAGGAGAUGUUGAAAACCUAUUUCUUCAGAGUCAGUUGCAAAUUAGAAAUGUGCGGUUGGUUCAUGACAAAGAAACUGAUAUGUUCAAAGGUUUUGGGUAUGUUGAAUUUGUCACUCUAGAACAUCUGAAAGAUGCACUUCAAAUGGAAGUCUUUAUUGAAGGACAAAAAAUCAAAAUUGAUGUUGCGUCUGGAAAACGAAAUGAACGAUCAGGAUUUGAUAGAGGUGGCAGGGGUGGCGGCAGAGGUGGUGCUCCAGGAAGUUUUAGCAAUAACCCUGGAAUGCGCAGUAGGUCUGAUGAUUUUACUCAAAAUUCAGGUUUUUCUGGUGGUAAUUUCCGCAAUCAAAAUGGCGGAGGAAUGGGUGGUGGAAUGGGCGGACGAGGUAAUUUCAUGGAACAAUCUGGAGGAGGCAUGAACAGGUAUCCAGAUAGCGGUUCACGAGACUUUAAUCGACCAGGAAAUGCUUCGCAAUUCCCAGGAGGAAGUCGUAGUGAGCGUAGACCAGAUUUUGAAAGUUUACCACCACCACCAAAUGAUCCUGGCAGACCUAAAUUACAAUUGAAACCAAGGACCAUAAAAGAACCACUGAAUCAAUUGGCUGAUUCUACUCAACAUACAAGUAUAUUUGGAGGAGCAAAACCUCGCGAAGAGAAAUCACUUCCUGACGUUGUGAAGAAAACAUCACCAUCGCAUUAAUAUAAAUAUAUUUAUUUUGUGCCAGAUUAACAUUCUAAUGGACAUUGCUUUACUGUUUACAAGAACUUGUGGUUUUUUUUUUACAUUUUAUCAUUUUUUAUACAUACCGAUAGCAAACAAUAAGUUUUUAUGUGUAUGUUGGCAAUAAGUUUAUUACCUUCACAUAAAUUGUUGUAAUGUUCAUAAGCAAAACUUUUGUGCUCUUUGAGCUAAUGUUCACUUAAAGUAUGUAUUUAUAUAUAUGUACACUAUAAUAAUGAGUACAAUUAUGCCCUUAACUGUACUAGUAUAGUUAAUAGUUUUAUUUUAUUUAUAUUGUAUGUGAUUAGGUAUUACAUACUAAUUAAUUGUAGUUAUUAAGUAGUUUUCAUUUAUAUUAAUACAUUAAGAAAUUUGUAUAAAAAUAUUAAUUAUAAUUGCUUAAUAACAAUUUAUCUUAUAUCAUCUAAAAUAUUUUUUAAAAUAAAUACACAGUUUAAUAAUUCCAAUCAUUAAAGAAUCGUGUUCAUAA